AUGGGAGAUGGUGUGAAUGUCCCGACUUGUGUUCUCAAAGUGAAUAUCCAAUGCUGUGCAGCAUGUCCCAUGAAAGUGAAGAAAAAGUUGCAGAAAAUCGAUGGCGUGUAUGCUAUCGACAUAGAUGCCAAAAAUGGGCUGGUGUCUGUUUGGGGCAUGGUCCAACCGUCUAUGCUCAUCCAGACCAUAUCAGAAAAGGUUGGCAAAAAAGCGGAGCUUUACGCCUAUGAGAAGAACCCCAAGGUUCCAAGCAAAAUGCUAGCCCAAGGGAAUAGUUGUUCUCCCUGUAAAUACGAGAAAAAUAACCAACCAUGUUCUUUUCCUGAUGGAUCCAAUGACCACGACAAGGGUAAAGACAACCAUGAUCAGGCUGUCCAUAAUGAAGUUAAGGGCAAUAUACCAAAGGGGCCUGAAGGCACACUUUCUUGGCAUCACCCACAAAAUGGCAUGAAAAAGAAGAAACACGGCUUUGCUGGUUGGUUUGGCAAGAAGAGUACUGUUGAACCAAGAGUGAUUGGCAAUUAUGGAGGACCACGGCCAGGAUAUGCAAGGCUGCCACCUCCACCUCCACCUAUUCCACCGCCAUCAUAUAGAUAUGGACAGCAUGCACCACUUUAUCCCUACUCACCACCCUACCGAAUAACAAGGCCGCCGCGGCCAUAUCCAUAUGAUUUCUACGAGAAGAAGGAAGCGCCAAUAGGCAACUCUGCUUUUCACUCAUUUCGCGAUGAUAAUGUUAAUGCUUGCAGCAUGAUGUGAGCUGGUGCCAAAAUUGAAUUUGAUUAGUGUUUUUUCAGUUUAUCAUCCAGGAAUAACAUAACAUAUCAUAUAACUUUAUGCAUAUGAUAUGUAGUUUAA